AUGCAUUUCACAUUUCGUUCACUAUUUUUUUUUCCCUCGCUACUCAUGCUACUGCUACUCGCUGCGGCAUUUUCAGGCAUGCUGGCUACUCGUACAGUGGCAGUGUGGCCGCAUUCGCUUUCAAACAAAUCGUCCCUGAAAAUGUUAAAUGCUGAGUUGAAAGAUUCUGGUCCUUUUACGAUGAUGGAUUUGCAUAAUGAGGAAGCAGAACAUAGCAUCGAGAUGCAGCUGCCUUACAUAGCGAAAAUAAUGGAAAAGUACAAGCAACCAGCAAAUAGAUAUAGUAUAGUUCCUGUUCUGGUAGGUUCACUUUCUUCGGCAAGACAAACUACCUAUGGUAAAAUAUUCAGCAAAUAUUUAUCGGAUCCAAGGACGGUGUUCGUUAUCAGUUCCGAUUUCUGCCAUUGGGGAAAUCGCUUUCAUUUUAUGCCAUACGACAGUACAGCGGGUGUACCAAUUUAUGAGCAGAUUGCAGCUUUGGACAAAGAGGGUAUGGAUGCGAUUUCUUCCCUUGAUCCUGCGAUUUUCACGGAUUAUUUAAAGAAAACACAGAAUACGAUAUGUGGCCGAAAUCCAAUAGGCGUUAUUCUUUGUGCAGCAGAAUAUUUCCGUCAAAUGAACAACCAUUCAACGGAAUUUGUUUUCCUCAAAUAUGCACAAUCUAAUCAGGUAUCGCUACAGAUUUUUUUUUUAAACUAA